AACCUCUGUACCUUUUUACAGAACAAAGGCAUGUUGACAACUUGGAAAUUUCGCAUGCUACUCAGCCAAACAUUAAUGAACAAGCCUCUACCUCAAACUUACAACAAGUUUCUAUUGAAGCACCACAGCAGGCUGCAUUACCAAUCAAUACGGAACAAAGGCAUGUUGACAUCUUGGAAAUUUCGCAUGCUACUCAGCCAAACAUUAAUGAACAAGCCUCUACCUCAAACUUACAACAAGUUUCUAUUGAAGCACCACAGCAGGCUGCAUUACCAACCAAUACGGAUGUUUUUGAAAUGCCUCAAGCCGCCUUCUUUCCGCAGUUUCAGAGUCUCAGUACACCAACACAAAGCAAUUCCGCAGCUAUAACUCAAGAUACGAGUGCUGCUCAAGCUCGCGCCGGUGUAAUCAUGGAGCAUAAUUACAGCGUGAUAAGCAAAUCUAAAUGGGCGGGAGGUGCUUUGGGCGGUCAAGAUGGGCUGAAAACAAAAUCAUCUAGCACCAGCUUAGCAGAAUCAAUCUCACUGCGUACAAAAAUCAAGCGGCUACGUACUGAGAUAAUAAGGUUACAGAAAAAAUCCAAGUCAUUUGCAGCGAGGCUGGCAAAUGCCGAAGACCUCACAACCAAUCCUGCAUUCCAGGAUAUUGUAAAUAACAUGACAAAACCAGCGCGACUAUUUAUUUAUGCAGAUGCAGCAGCAAGCGAAAAAAACACCAAAAGGACGACGCUUCACUGUUGA